AUGCUGUUGCACCGCUCGCUGAUCUUCUCGGCAUUGCUAACGAUCGCACACAGCGUCUCGAAUAGCGAUGCAAUGAUACGCGUGCCACUGAUCAAGCGGCAAAACGACGAGUUCGUGGCAUCCCUACUGAACGAGGUGCACGCCCUUGAACGACCUUCGAUUUGGACCCCUUCACUCGACGCUGUCGAGGUGCCACUAUUGGACGCAGCUGUUCCAGGCACGGGCAAUGUGAUUGUCCGGGACUUUCAGAACGCGCAGUAUUAUGGGGCGAUCGCAAUUGGGCAGCCGCCCCAGUCAUUUGCAGUGAUUUUCGACACGGGGUCGAGUAAUUUAUGGGUCCCCAACAAGAAAUUUGGGUCGCACCAUGUGUACGACCACGACAAGUCGCUUACGUACAAAGCGAACGGCACGUCGUUCAAUAUUAAGUAUAGCAGUGGCCCCGUGUCGGGGUUCUUGUCUCAGGACACCCUUGAGCUCGGGGGUCUGUCAGUACCGGACCAAUUUUUCGCGGAAGUCAAUGUGACGCGGGGAUUGGGUCCGGCCUAUUAUUUGGGUAAAUUUGACGGCCUUUUUGGGCUCGCGUUUGACUCGAUUAGUGUGGACCACCUGAAGACGCCGUUCCACCAGAUGAUCCAACUGGGACUGCUGGAUGAGCCGGUGUUUGCAUUUUACCUGGGAGACCGAAAAGAUGGCGAGUUAACAUUUGGAGGCGUGGAUAAAGCCCAUUAUAAGGGAGAACUGACGUACGUGGACGUGAUCAGCUCGACGUAUUGGCUCGUGAAGCUCGAUGCAGUGGAGACUAAAGGAGAGAAGCUGAUGGAGGUGGACAAGGCGAUCGUGGACUCGGGCACGUCUCUGAUUGCAGGUCCGAAAGACCAAGUUGCCAAGUUGGCCGCUCUAGUGGGAGCGCACAAGUUCAUCUUGGGUGAGUACCUCAUCAGCUGCACUGCUGCCGCGCCGGACAUUUCGUUCGUGCUCGAUGGUAAAGCCUACACGCUGACCAAGGACGAGUACACGUUGAAGACGGGCCCUAUCUGUCUCUUUGCCUUUAUGGGCAUUGACAUUCCGGCUCCUGCUGGCCCGCUAUGGAUCCUGGGCGACGUCUUCAUGCGCAAGCACUACACUGUGUUUGACUGGGGAACGGACUCCCGCAAGCCGCGCGUCGGCUUUGCGCUCGCUGUUUAA